CGACCAUGUGUAUUAGAAUCAGUAUUUUACAAAGAUAACGGCUGUCUGUUAACACGCUGAAAAUGGAUGUCAGGGCAGUUCUACAAUUCGCCACCAUUACUAGAGGCUUGACAUUGUUAUUGCAGGCUGUCUUAAACGCCGUCAUCCCCGACCACGAAGCCGAUGCGUUCAAUCCUCCGCGGAUGGAGGAGCCCCUGUAUUUGGACUCUGCGCUGGAGUGGCUACUGGGUGGCCUCUCUCGUUGGGACGCCGAGCACUUCCUCUUCAUCGCAGAGAGAGGCUACCUGUACGAGCACAACUUUGCUUUCUUCCCACUCCUCCCCGUCGUCCUGCGUGGCCUGGCAGAGACACUGCUGCGGCCCCUCAGCGGCUGGCUGACGGUGCGGGGACGCCUGCUGCUGGCUGUGGCCCUCGGGAACAGCGCGCUCUUCCUGCUGAGUGCCGUGGCCCUGUAUGCGCUAGGUCGUCUGGUGCUGCAGGACCGGCGCCUCGCCUUGCUCUCCAGCCUGCUCUAUUGCCUCACGCCCGCCAAUGUCUUCAUGGCGGCCGGGUACUCGGAGAGCCUGUUCGCAGCUCUCACCUUCGGCGGUCUGUUCCUCCUGGAAAAGGGCUUCACACUCCGGGCCUGCCUGGCCCUGGGCAUUGCCACGGCAGCACGAUCCAACGGGCUUGUAAACGCGGGCUUCCUGCUGUACCUGCCAUCGCUGCGCGCCCUAUCUCAGAUCCGCAUGUAUCGCACGACUGCUAAGGGUCACGGCAAAGUCGUCCGCUAUGUGUGGGUCGUCGCUUGUCUCCUGUUCACCUCCCUGUUGGGGACUGCGAUAAUCGCCCUUCCCUUUUUCGCUUUCCAAUACUAUGGGUACAGGACGUUUUGCACACCGUCUGUUUCCCUGGAGCAGAUCCCCCCUGCUCUCCUGUCACUGGCUGAAAGAAAGGGUUACAGGCUCCCAGAUGAAAAUGGUCCUCCACCUCUCUGGUGCAUGAGACCGCUCCCUUUGCUUUACUCGCACAUCCAGGAUGUGUAUUGGGAUGUGGGCCUCCUGCGCUACUUUCAGUUGAGGCAGAUACCAAACUUCCUUCUGGCUAUGCCCAUGGCUACCCUUGGCAUAACUGCUGCAUAUGCGUACUAUCAGGCUAACCCAGACAUGUGUCUUAGGCUAGGGCUUUGGGAGACAGGUGCAAAUAAACGGCUUGACAAACCUUCACCUGGAUUUUACAACCCCCGAGUGUUUGUAUAUAUUGUGCAUUCCACUGCACUUCUGGUAUUUGGGUCACUGUGCAUGCAUGUGCAGGUUCUAACCAGAUUCAUGGCCUCCUCUUCCCCUGUACCUUUCUGGAUCAGUGCACAUCUGCUCUUACUGAAUGAGCCACUACUCCAUCGAAGGAAAACAUCAACUCCCAAUGUACAGCUACAAACAUCUACCGCCAAAAAUGGAUGCAAGCACACACACCACAACCCCAUUACAGCACUGCUUCCACACUGGAGAACAUGCUCUCCGACAACACAAUGCAUCUUAGGAUACUUCCUGUCCUACUGGGUGUUAGGCCUGGCACUGCAUUGCAACUUCUUACCAUGGACUUGACAUGAUACAUUCCUCUGACUUCUAGAUGCAAUAUUUUCAUAUAGGGCAGGUGCAAUACCAUAUUUUGGUUUUUCUCAAUUGCUUAAAUGCAAUUCCUGAAACAUUGUCUAUGUCAUCAAAUCUCUAAAGUCCAAUCCCCACAAUAGUUCAGGUGUUAAGCACAACACUUGCAAAA